ACAAGUAGUGCAGCGAAAAAAAACUAUUAUUUAGCAUUUACUACAACAGUAAUUAUUUAUAAUCGCGUUUAAUUGUACAGUUUUCGACCAAAUGUGUCCAGCGAUUUACAGCUGGUGAAUUGAAUAAAUUAAUUUUUAAAAAUAUUAUUAAAUAGUAGUGGUAAUUAAUUAGAAAAAUAAUUUUCCCGCCGACAUGGAGUCGCUAAAAAUUUAUUCGGACGCGUUAGAAGUAGCGGGAAAGAUGAUUGACAAGCAUGUGAUGAUUGACAACAAUUACCCGUCAUUAAUAAAUUUAAUGAGGUACUCAGUGCAAGGUGGGCCGACAGUCAGCGGCCUCGACGACUACGACUACCCGAAUUUAAGCAACAAUGCGUUGAACAUCAGCAGCCUCAACCAGAUAAAAGUCCACAGCAAAGUCCCGCUUCCGUCAGAAGUUAUGGAGCAUUUCAGUCACAUGCAGUGUCACUGCAUGAUGGGUUUGUUUACUGAAAUAUCAAAGGCCUGGCUGACAAUUGACAGCGACAUCUACGUCUGGUCGUACGAGAAUGAGUCGGACGUCGCGUACUUCGAUGGUCUGAACGAGACGAUCAUCAGUGUGGGUCUGGUUAAGCCGAAGCCUGGAAUUUUUCAGAACUACGUCAAGUAUUUACUGGUGCUGACGACAACUGUCGAGAUCACGGUCCUGGGUGUCACUUUGAUGGACACGAAUGACGGCUCGCAGGGAGAAAUCCAGCUGGUGCCGGAGCCGAUAUUCACGGUGACCACUGACGGGGUCGCUGUCACCACGAUAGCAAACACCAGCAGCGGGAGAAUAUUUCUGGGCGGUCGGAACGGAUGUCUCUAUGAGAUUCACUACCAGGCGGAGAGCAGCUGGUUCGGGAAACGAUGCAAGAAAAUAAAUCACUCGGAAGGGCCUCUGUCGUUCUUGGUGCCCUCUUUUGUGACGGUUGCGCUGUCAGAGGAGGAAGCGAUUGUCCAGAUAAGUGUCGAUGACUCGAGGAAUAUUCUGUACACUCUCGGGGACAAGGGUACCAUCACCGUCUGGGACAUUGACGCUGGCGGAGCUUCGAAAAUAACGUCUCUGUCCCAGUCGUCGCUUGUCCAGAACACUGUCCACGUGGUAAAGACACUUGACAGCAACAAUUUCCGACCGUUGGUCAGUAUUUCAGCGAUCACUGAGUCUGAGUCUGUUCAUGUUAAUUUGGUGGCUGUCGCUGCUACUGGCACGAGGUUUUACUUCACUUGCACAUCAGUCACCAAUCCUGGAACGCGUCCUCAGUGUCUGCAACUGGUCCACGUCCGUCUGCCACCGGGUUACGCAGCAAAUGCUCCAGUGAUGAGACCGAGGAAGGUUCAGAUGGCGCAUUAUAAAAAAGGAACUUUAAUUUUAGUCUGCGGUGGUGAGGUAGAGACCGCUUGGUGUCUCAGUAAUGACGCUUAUCCUUUUACGAACUAUCUAGCUGAGACCCAGAGUAUUUUGCCGUUCGACAGUCCAGCCUGGGCGAUGGCAGAAAUUCCUGGUGAGCCUGCGAUUCAUAUUGACAAGCAGUUGGGUCUCCAAGCGGAUCCACCGCUUUUAGUUCGUCAGCACAUGGAACCUCCGAGAAAAUUCAUCUUUCUCACGGCCCAGGGAGCCGUUAUCCUGGUCCAGCUGCGCCCCGUGGACAUUCUUCGUCAACUGCUGCUUGAACAACGAGGCCCAGACACUGAGCUGGUGCGUGAUUACUUCUUGAGCCAGAAUCCAGAGCAGGCUUGUGCUACUUGUUUAAUUCUAGCGACACUGGAGAGCACCCAGAAUGCUCAGUUGUCCGAGUGGGCGACCAGAGCGUUCUUCUUGUACGGAAGUCAACGCAACGUGAACCAGCACCUGGAUCUCCAUGGAUUCAAUGUCUGUUCAUCAACACCUAGGGUCGGAAACUUUGAUAUCCGUCAUCAGGAGUUUUCAGCAAAGCACGAAGGACUUUAUUUGUACAUCGGAAGAAUUUUGAGACCCAUCUGGAGCAUCAGAUGCAUUAAAAUCGACACCAGCAACUGCAACAAAACGCAAAUCACCAGCAGCAUAUCGUCGAUCCAGGUCGGCUGGAUACUAGGACACCUUCAGGCGCUGAGAGCGUUUUUGAAUAAAAACACCCACAUCUCAAAGCAUCAGAGCACCUCGAGAAACAUCACCGAAGGGUUCGACGGCUCCCUGACUCAGUACCAAGAGCCGAUGGUCGAGGAAAGAAAUUCUCUUGACGCAUUAAAAAUAUUUAUAGCUCACGCUUGUGAAGUCCUCGGUCUCUGGAAGAUCCUCUGCGAGAACCAGCUGCACAACAUCGUCAGCUCCCUCUCUAAGGACCAGAUCAAUCAAUUCUCGACUGCGACCUUCCGCGACUUGAUUCUCAUCGGCCACGAAAUAUCUUCUCUGCUGAUUCUCUAUCUGAUCGACAGCUACUUCGGCGACAACGCAUCAAUCGACACAAUCAGCGCAAAGUUACGGGAAGUAUGUCCCAAUUUGUACAAGAGCGAAGACGCCGUUUGCUCAAAAGCCAAUGAAAUAAUACUUAAAGCCAAAAGCUGCAGCAAUCCUGAGGAAAAAGAAUCGUAUCUCCAAUCAGCCUUAAAAUUGUGCAAAACAGUCGCGCCGAGACUUAAUUUGUCAGCCGUGUGCCAGCAGUUUGUCGCCUGUCACUUCUACGGCGGUGUCCUGGAGCUUUGCCUCUGCUGCACUGAGAAGAGCGACCCCAACAACGCGGCACUCCAUUACUACAAAAAUAACAAACCGCCAGAGGACGUAGAAGGUUUCCUGGCUUACUCCAGACGUCAAGAUAUUUACAAAGAAAUAAACGUCAUGUUGGAUUGUCUCUACAAUCAGAGUAUUUCAAAUCCCUUGACACCGACAGUUCCCAGCAAACCUGGACCGCCAACUUAUAAUUCAACAGCUGCUGUUGCUCCUGCUAAGCAAAUUCUGCACGAAAUAAUUGACGACGCGCUCCACAGUCCCUGCGAAGUUCUCCACGAGUCAGUCUACAACUGGAUGAAAGACAAAUGCAUGGAUGGAGAACUAGUGGCUCUAGCAGCGCCAUCACUCGAAGCCUACUUGAUCCGGAACAACAAUCCCGAGUUGCUCUGGCAGUACUACGAGCGUAAUAAGAACCACGCAGCUGCUGCCCAGAUCUUGGACUCUCUAGCAACCAAACCAGACCCCGAAGUAUCUCUGGCUCAGCGAGUAAAGUAUCUCGCCCGUGCCGUGGUCUGUAUGCGCAGUGACCAAGCCGGCUACGCACCUUACCUCGGCGUAUUUUUACGCGAACUCGAGGACAAGGUCGAGGUUGCGCGGAUCCAGCAGCAAAUACUUACGACGAUAACGAACCAGCAACGCCUGUACGAUCCGAUGACCAUAAAAGACGCAAGGCUGCGUUUGAACUCCUCUCUGCUGGACAUCACCCAACUCUACGAAGACUACGCGGACCCCCUCCAGCUCUGGGAGUGCAAGCUCGCGAUAAUUCACUGCUCCGGCCACCAGGACGCGAUGCUGGUCCAGGGAAUCUGGAGCAACAUAAUCGACAACGAGCUGAAAAACGCCUACGCCCUGUCCCCAGAGGACAAGAUGACCGUGGUGAUGAGCAAGAUAAAAAUCCUCGGACAAGAGUACUCAGGAACUCCCAACUGCUUCCCUCUGGACUUCCUGAUAAAAGAACUGGAGAUUCGCGCCUGCAGGCUGGGAGUCUCCAACACUGAAGUGAUCACCGGGUUCCUGCAGCUCAACGUCGCCGUCGAAGACCUCCUGGACAUCUACGACAAAUUGAACAGCGGAAACAACCGGAUCUGGCUGAACGAAGGCAACGAGUUCCAUCUGAUCGAGUCGACCGCGAACCUCGUUACUUAUUUCACAACAAACACCAACAUCGGCAAUAGUUUCGUGCGCAGAAAAGUCAUUACCAAGUGCCAGGACAUUAUUUCAAAAUGUCUUACCACAUUGUUCAGUAAACCCAACAGCGACGAUCUAAUUUCCAGACUCCGGUCCAUUCAAAGUGUUCUCAAUAGACUUUAAAAUUAAAUUCAAACUUAAACCCAAACUCAAACUUGAUAUUUUUUUUGCUUAUUCUUUAUUUAAAAAAAAAAAAAAAAGAAAUGAACUUGCUGCCGAUAAUUAUUUUAAAAGUGUACAGUUUUUGAUAAAUCAUUUAUUAUUUUAUAUCUGUCGAAUAAAAUUGCUGAUAAUUAAUUUUUAAC